UUGGUGAUAGAGUGCAAGUGCCAUGGCGUCCGCGGAUAAGCUAGAGAAGAGCAUCAGCACCAUCAAAUACUUCCUGUUUUGUCUGGAUGUCGUCACUUUUGGUCUAGGACUGACUGUGUUUGGUCUCUCAUUGUGGCUGUGGUGGGAAGAUGAGUUCUCUGACAUCAUAGACUACCUGGACAUCUACCUGAUAUACUGGGGACUCUAUCUCAUCAUGUUGAAGGCUGUUUUAGUAAUCUUCGUAUCUUUCUUCGCCUGUGCCAGUGCACUAUUGGAGAAUACGGUAUUCCUUUUCAUCAACAGCAUAGCCCAGUUGGUUUUGUUCGUGCUUGGGCUGCUCGGAGCCGCGGUAUUGUUAACUUUUACAUCUGUAGGCUCUGCUACACAGUCUACCAUCAACUCUUCUAUGGUCAAUCUCAUCACUUACUACCCACAGAACGACUGGGCCAAUGGAAGGCUUAGUUUUAUUCAGGAAAAUGUUGGCUGCUGUGGAGGCUCUGGUGGCCCCAACGACUACGUCAACCGCUGGAAGCCCCUACCCACUGAAUGCCGAGACUCCGUCACUGGGAACGCCUUCUUCUACGGAUGUGCUGAAGAGGUCACAUGGUAUCUAGAGGGCCGCUGCUAUUGGAUCACCGGACUUACCUUGGUCCUCUGCUUUUUCCAUGUAAUCAACUCUGUUCUAAGUUUUAUCCUCCUCCAAUCAAUAAGGAAGGAAGAAGAAGAAUCUGGUGGAAGAUAUAAUUAAAAUAUUUCAAUGCAUUGAAAUAUCAUAUUAUAACAUAAUAACUAAAUUAGCACUCUUAAGACAUUCGAGAACUGCCAAUUUCUAAGUACCAUGACCAUAUUUACUGUAAAGAACGUAUUUUCCGCCACGAAUUCUGUAAACAAUCUUUUUCACUUACAAAACAGUUGCAUGUUUUUGUGUGUAACCUAUUUGUUUAGUAUUAAGGUAUAUUUAGUUUGUAUUAGCUGUGUUGUUUGUUAUGAUUUUGUACGUAAGUUAACUUAAA